AUGGCCGAUACCAUUUUGAAUGAAGAUACUGAUACUGAAGUUGAUGAUUACGAAAAAUCUGUAAAUGAAAGCCAGUUACCUUUAGAAAACGAAAAUAUAUCGGCCACGACCCCCGGCGCGACUCUCACUAAGCCUAGCAAAGUGAGAAAACAACAAAACGAUAAAGAUAUCGGCACGGCCCUUGUUAGAAUUGAGGAAACUAAAUUGAAAAUGUUACAAAAUCAGCAAGUAAGAACCGUCGAUGAAGAUUCAAACUUUUUUGAUAGCUUACUUCCUCAUGUUAGAACACUUCCACCGCGCAAAAAAUGCUAUUGA